GGCGGGCUGGGUGAUGUCACACUCUUUUGUGACACGCGAGCCUCCUUACUUGGAUGCCAACGGCAGGGGCGGGAGGUGAAAGGAGACUGGGGCUUGGCUUGGCUUGGCUUCCCAGCCCGGUAGGGCAGCCCUGCUCUGAUUUGAUUGGUUACCUUUGGACAGAGUGGAGGCUGUGUCCUACAGACUCUGGAACCAUGAACAUAUUUGAUCGGAAGAUUAACUUUGAUGCCCUCUUAAAAUUUUCCCACAUAACCCCCUCGACACAGCAGCACCUGAAGAAGGUCUAUGCGAGUUUUGCCCUCUGUAUGUUUGUGGCGGCUGCAGGGGCCUAUGUCCAUGUGGUCACUCACUUCAUUCAGGCUGGGUUGCUCUCUGCCUUGGGCUCCCUGGGCUUGAUGAUUUGGCUGAUGGCAACACCUCAUAACCAUGAAACGGAGCAGAAAAGACUGGGACUUCUUGCUGGAUUUGCUUUCCUUACAGGAGUUGGCCUGGGUCCUGCCCUGGAGUUGUGCAUUGCCAUCAACCCCAGCAUCCUUCCCACUGCCUUCAUGGGCACAGCAAUGAUCUUCACCUGCUUCACCCUGAGUGCGCUCUAUGCCCGGCGCCGUAGCUACCUGUUUCUGGGAGGUAUCUUGAUGUCAGCCAUGAGCCUGAUGCUCCUGUCUUCCUUGGGGAACCUUUUCUUUGGAUCCAUUUGGCUUUUCCAGGCAAACCUGUAUUUGGGGCUGGUGGUCAUGUGUGGCUUUGUCCUUUUUGAUACUCAACUCAUUAUUGAAAAGGCUGAAAACGGAGAUAAGGAUUAUAUCUGGCACUGUGUUGACCUCUUCUUAGAUUUCAUUACCCUCUUCAGAAAACUCAUGAUGAUCCUGGCUAUGAAUGAGAAGGACAAGAAGAAAGAGAAGAAAUGAAAUGACCGCCUAGCCUUUCCCAAUGUGGCUUCCUUUCCCUCUACCCCUCGUUUCCUCUCUGCACACACAACAGGUGGCGUGUUCUGUGAUAAUGAAAAGCAUCAGAAAAGCUUUUGUACUUUGUGGUGUUCUCUGUUUUGAAUUUUUUGAUCAAAAAACUGAUUAGCAGAAUAUAGUUUGGAGUUUGGCUUCGUCCUGGGGUUCUCCUUGCUCCCUUUGCUGUCAACCCCACCCAUAGCUCUUCCUCUGCUCAGGCAGCUGGUCCUUGUGACGAGGUGUAGGACCAGCAGAGUUCGCUAACUCCAGGAAUCUGCUUUCCCACCAUGCUUCACCAAGUGGACUUGAACUGUUCCGUAGAGCCACCUCAGCCUGCCUUUCCUCAGCAUUGUUUGGUGUAUGCACUGUCCUGCAGUGAUUUCCAUUGCAAAGAAGUUCACUGAUCCUCCUGUUAACUCGGGCUCAGUAGAACCGAGCUGUCAGCCCCUACAAAGAAAAUGAAGAGCCUCUUCUGGUGGAUGCUUUGCUUCCUCAGAGCUGCUCAGGCUGCUCUGGCCAACACACCUUUCUACCUUGGCUUCCCAAGGAGAUGUGGAUUUGUGUGUUCCCUUUCCACCCCUUGCCCUGACCCUCGGGGAAUCUGCCUGCUUUCUCCAUGGGUAGGAGGAUUUCAGCAUAAAGGGAAGGCGAAUUUUUUUCGGGCAUUCAUGAAAAGGCUGAUUAUGUAUGAAAAGGUAUAGAAUAGGGUUCCCAGACUUCCUGUUUUUUAAUUGGUUAUCACUUUACUGAGACCUCCGCCAUGUGACUAAGAUUAAGUGUCCCUAGAGGGGAAGGAUAGGGAAGGAAAGUGGUUGAGCCUCUGAAGCUAAUCAUAACCAAUCCUUCCAGACAAACCUAGAUAAGGACCUGAUUGAGGCAGUAGGGGGCAGAAUCUCCUCUACCAGCUGAGUGGUUCUCCCUACUCAGAUCAACAGAGCUGGGCUGCAAUAACUUGGGGGGUGCGUUAUUAACUGUCCUUCAGUGCAUCUUUAGCCCUACCUAAUCACUAUAGGUAGUAUCAGACCAGAGAUUCGGGGCAGUAGAUAAGUGUUCAUUUACUCCUGUACUUUAUAGUGUUUGGUCCUUUCACCAAUUUCUAGAAAUUUUUAGUCUUUUAGCUGGGAGCCAGGUGACCAAACCAGCAAGAGAUUUGUGGCUUCAAGUGUGGGUGGGCAGCCCUAAUGGGGAUCUCCAGCUCCUUCCCUGUGGGCUCCCACUGCCAGCUGGCAUGGCAAGACAGUGUCGAGCUGACUGUGGCUCUGCACAUCUGGCACGUCUUCGGUGAGGAGACUGAACCACUGAAAAAGCUCAUUACCAGCAGGACAUCACUUGUGGCUCUCCCAUUCACAGCCAGUCCAUGAUUGGCAUGGUGGCUACAGGUUCUUGGUUUGCCAUGUCACCAUGCCAUCCCAUGAAACUGUUGGUUUCCAGGCUAUGUGUAUUCCUGGAGUGGCAUGCCACCCAGAAUGGCUCACUUCCACUGAGAAUGAUGCCCUCAUUUACCUGCUGCCUCCAGUCUCUGGCUUGAGAACUUUCUAAAGGGACUUCCUUCUAAUUAACCCUCGUUAGUUAUGCUCAAUACAUUUGAUGAUUUUCUGCCAGGCCUGAGAAUUUGAGUUACAUCAUUUGAAGCCAAACUCCACUUCUUGUGCUUUUUUGCUUGGGAUAAAGGAGUUUUUCUUUAGAAACAGUGCCAAGAAUGACAAGAUAUUAAAAAAAAAACUAAUUUUAAAGAAAAUGCUUAACAGAUUUUUUUAAUACAGUUAUCACUGUAAUUACCACUUUCUUUUCUAGUUUGAUUUUCAGCUCAGGCUGCAUUCUCUAACUCAUACUGUGAAGACAAAGGUGUUUUCGAUUCAGAAAUAUAUAAAAUCUACAUAGUCUUAAUUUGUAAAAAAUAAAGAAAAUUCCUUAACCUUU